AUGGUGGACGAUACCAAAAUUAUCACAGAGUACUCCGUACAUUCGGUGACAAAUCGAGAUGUUUAUCACGCUGAGUCGUUGCACCAUUGCGCCGAAGAUACUUUGUAUACAACGAAAGUGAGAAUACUUGAAAUGAGAGAACGCUCUCCAGGAGGGUACAAGACAAUUUUUGACCUCCCAAUUCGCAGUCGUUCGGAGAACAUUCAUAUGGCCCGGGAUGUGGGCCAAGACGGUGGAGAGGCAACCCCGGUCCACUUAGCGCACCCGUCGCGGAAUCCGCUCCCCGCCUGCGGCUUAUACCGUUUCUGGGCAAGGGUCAACGGAGCGCCAAGACACGGAAAGACGGGGCUCGGUAAUUUCAAUUUCGGUUUCAAGUUCGACGCCCGCGAACUGGUGGCCUUGUCCACAUGUUGUACAUGUCGCCCGGAUCCUUCCGAGGAGCUUCGCAGAAAAAGCAAAGAAGAGAAUGGUUUGCUCCCUGGGGUGGGCAUAACGUGUGCGAAUGAGAAAGCCCAGCUGCUCAGGCUCGCGGGGGAGUUGAAACUUGAGAGCGUUUUACGGAGUCCUCCGUCCGGACAACGGAGAAAUGGGGCCGGCCAGAGGAUGCGAUGUCGUGCAGGAUCUGGAGCAAUCAAAAUUCGGGAGAGGAAUGGGGACGAACAAGGCCAGGCCCUCUUUGGCCUCAAGAUUUUGAUUCGGAUGCCAACUGAUGAUCUGCAGCCAACGAAAAGGCUUUUCGACUUCGGCCUUCUCUGUCAUUCUGUGGAGGCGGUUUUGGUCCACUCACUACUAUGA